UUCUAGAGAGAGAAAGAGAGCUUCCAUACACAUCUGACCCUUCUCUCUCUAGAGGUUCUGGAGAGAGAAGAGAGAUCCCAACCAGAAGAAGAAUCAGUCUAGAGAGAGAUCUCAGGAGAGAGAAAAAACCCACCAAGCCCUCUCUAAAAUUGCUCUAGAGAGAGUAAGAGAACCAAAAAUGCAUGCAAAAUCAGACUCUGAAGUGACGAGCUUGGCUCCCUCGUCUCCCACAAGAUCACCCAGGCGCCCUGUCUACUAUGUUCAGAGCCCUUCUCGCGAUUCGCACGAUGGAGAAAAAACAUCUUUUCAAUCAACCCCAGUUCUUAGCCCCAUGGGCUCACCACCCCAUUCUCACUCUUCAGUGGGACGUCACUCCAGAGAAUCAUCGACCAGUAGGUUCUCUGGUUCGUUGAAAUCGAGUAACAGAAAAGUGGGUCACCAUGAAAAUGGAAGAGGAAAGGGGCAGAAGCCAUGGAAAGAGUGUGCAGUUAUUGAAGAGGAGGGGCUUUUAGAAGAGGAAGAUGGGAAUAAGGGGAUUCCAAAGAGAUGCUAUUUCCCAAUUUUUGUUCUCUCUUUUGUGUUGCUUUUCUCUUUCUUCGCUUUGAUUUUGUGGGGCGCUGCUCGUCCUCAAAAGCCACAGAUCACCAUGAAGAGCAUUACAUUUGAGAGCUUCACUCUACAAGCAGGAACGGACUCAACUGGAGUACCCACUGAAAUGCUCUCCCUUAAUUCCACAUUGAAGCUCAUUUAUAGAAAUCCAGCGACUUUCUUCGGUGUUCACGUCGCAUCAACCCCAAUUUCUCUCACUUAUUACCAGCUCAGUGUGGCCUCUGGAAAUAUGAAGAAUUUUUAUCAGAGGAGAAAGAGCCAGAGAGCUGUCAAUGUUGUGGUAGAAGGAACGAGGAUUCCUUUAUAUGGAGGAGGUUCCACUUUGAGCAGCUCAGAUACAACAAAAACCAGUGUGGGUUUGAAUAUGACUUUUGAAGUGAGAUCUAAAGCCUAUGUUUUGGGGAAAUUGGUGAAACCCAAGUUCUAUACAGAAGUUCAAUGCUCUGCAGUUCUUGAUCAAACCAAAUUGGGGACCCCUUUCUCUCUCAAAAAUUCUUGUCAGUAUGACGACUGAUCGAAAAGUUAACCUCUCUCUAGAAGCCACCAACCCCACAAAGAGAGAGAGAGAGAGAGAUUUUAGAGGGAGAAAUUUUGAAGAUGCCAGGGCUUUUUGUUGUGCUUGGUGGGGUUAACAGGCUGGACAUGGGACCAUUGAACUUUUUAGAGAUAAAAACUACGCGUUAUGGUAUUUUUUUUCAUGUAAUCUAUCUCUCCAGGCUGGAUUUAGUGAAGUUCUUGCCCGUGAUUUGAGGUGUUUUUUUAUUUUUUUUGGAAUAAAAUAUUUUAUUUAUUGUUUC